AUGGUGGUGACGUCGCCGGAGUUACAAGGGUUAGAGAGAGAGGGGAAGAGAAAAGUGAGAGGAGAGAGGCAGAGAAAUGGGAACGAGUUUAAUUGGUUGACGAAGACUCCUCCAGGAACGAUUACGGGUGAUUCGAGGAUUGUAAUAAUGACAGGGGGAGGAUUAAGUUACACUUUGGCGGAGGACCCAAGUGAGGAUGUACCCUCCAUUGCGAUGGACCCAUCCGAGCUCAUGUCCUCUAUAGAAACAGACCCGUCGGAGGUUCAGGAUGAAUCAGUGCUACAAAUAUCAUCGACUGUGAUAAGAGUAGAGGAGCCAGAAGAGGCCCUGAUAUUGCCAAGUGCAGGGCUUUCUGAGAAACCGAGGAGUUUGCAGCCUGAGGACCCUAUUAACCAAGACUUGAUGGUAUCUUCGGAGCAAGGUUCAAAUGAAGGUGGUGGCCAGACCGGAUAUGGUGCUAGAGUAGCUAUGGAGAGGCUCACAUUCGUUGGAGUUUCAGGACCAGAGCAACCAAUGAACAAAGAUGAGGCUCUAUAUUCAAGGACCCAUUAUUGGCUAGUUGAGCACCCAACCAUUAGCCAAUUUGAAUGGAAGCAUGGACAAAAUUUUGGUUCCUCCUUACUUUUCCCUGCACUUUCAGCCUUUAUCUACUUAUCUCUCAUUCUAUUAGCAUUUCGAUAUUCACUACUCCUCCCCACCCUCUCCUCCACCACCCUCCGCUGCAUCACGGCCGUACACAGCCUCAUCCUUUGCCUCCUCUCUCUCAUCCUGGUCGUCGGUUGCAGCCUUGCUGUCCUCCACCAAAUGCCUGACUGGAAAUGGGUCUUUUGCUUCCCGGCCAAUCGUACUCUCCCCCGUGGAUUCUUAUUCUUUUGGGCUAAUCUUUUUUACCUUUCCAAGAUUCUUGAAUUCAUAGAAACCCUUCUCAUCAUCCUCAGUAGUACUCGGUCACGGAGGCUCACGUUCCUACACGUGUACCACCAUGCUACCGUGGCUGUUAUCUGUUAUCUCGGGAUUUCUAGUGUGGAUUCUGUUACACCCCAUUCCAUGAGUCACGUUGCGGUGAUUGGGAAUGCUUCGGUUCAUGUUAUAAUGUAUGCUUAUUACUUUCUAUGUGCAAUGGGAAAGAGGCCAAGAUGGAAGAGGAUUGUUACCAACUGUCAGAUUUUCCAGUUCAUUUUUUACUUCUUGUGUGCGGUUGCAACUAUCUAUCAGCACCUUACCACUGAGAAUGGGUGCUCUGGAUUUGGACAUUUGUGCUUCAAUAUGAUUUUUAAUACCUCACUUUUUCUUCUUUUUCUUGAUUUUCAUUCCAAGAACUAUGCCAACAAUGUCAGCAAAGAACGUGAAAAGAAGUUGCUGGAUAGACAGAAAUAACAUCUUUGUCAGAAGCUGCUGGACAGACAGAAUUAGUAUUCUACCCUUUUCAUAAUAAAUGGUG